AGUAGGUCGACUUCCCGUUAAUCUGGAAAAGUGCAUGAGCAACGGUAGGAGAAAAACCCCGUUGUUGAGCAAGUGGAAAAGACUCGUAUGCGGUCAGACGUAGCUAAGGCAGAAACCUACCACAGAAUGAGUCACAGUGAACUGGACUUUCGGCCUUACCGACAACAUUUACUACUUAUUAAAGGGACACCACGAUGUCAAAUUCACGAGUUUAGUUCGUUCAGUGGUCCCAGACUUGUUAGCUCGUAGUGUACGUUAAAGAGCGACGUCACAUUUGUUCAGUUAAAUUAACCCGUUUAACCGCGUAUCUACUUGUAUUUUAAUUGACCAUUAGCAUUCUAACACUAGGUUGAGAUGCGGUCGAGGAUGUAGUCGUGGAUGCUGAGAAUGAAAAUGGGAGUUGUAUUGUACCUAUGUCAGUAUUUCGAAUGGAAGAAAGUCUGAGAUCAUCAUUAUUGUAGUGACCAACGAUUGUAACAUGCAACGGCAGUAUAUCUUCUGUGAUCGCUACUGAUUAGAUAAAAUGGCAGUGGUUCGAGAUUGUCAUUCAUGAUUUCACAUAAAAAGAAUAUAGUUCUUGAAUAACCUCGAAUGCAAAGUGACGUACGUUUGGUUCAGAAUAGAUAUCGAACGGGUUUGACAGUUGCAACAUUCGUCUGCUAGUAGCAACAGGUGGAAAAUUAUAAUGAAGAAUCCACGCUUUGACGUGGAACAAUGAUAACUGUACAUCGGUUGGAUUUUUAAUGGACAAAGUAAUUGGUGGAAUUUAUACAUGCUUUCAAUAUGAUGAAUGAAACUGAUAUGAUUAGCAAUGAGGAGAAUGAAGGCAAUUCUUACAAUGGUCCCCUCUCUCCUGGAUCAGAGUAUGAUGAUGAUCUCGGGGUUCCAUAUUCUUUUGAAAUGGCUUUGAGAAAUAAUGGAGAUGCUACUGCCAUUCAAAAUACCGAAGGUGCCGAGGAGACUGACAAUAAAGUUCACUCAGGAUAUAUAGGGUUCUUAGCUGUUCAUCAACCGCCAGUUAAGUUUAAGAGCCAGGACCGAAAGAUAUUUAUACCAGGUGUCGAUAUAUGUGUUAAAAUCAUUGACAAUGAACGAAGCGUAACCACUCAUCCUCUCAACCCAAAUUUAUAUACGAUCGAACUCACUCAUGGGCGUUUUGUUUGGACAAUUAAAAAAAGAUACAAACAUAUUCACAAUCUUCAUAACCAGUUGAAGAUUUAUAGAGCCAGUCUGAAAAUCCCUUUCCCAACAAAAAGUCACAGAGAAAGAAGAAAUAGCUUGAAAAAUCAAGGAUCGGUCAGACAGAAAACACGAACGAAAGGCAUUUUACCAAGAUUUCCAAAUAAACCAGAUGUUCUUGUACCCCACGAACAGCUGAGCCGCCGAAUAGAAGUGCUUGAGAAAUAUCUUGAGAAUCUACUAAAGAUUGAAAUUUAUAGACGUCAUCCUGAAACUAUUGCUUUUCUGGAGGUAUCUCACCUUACUUUCAUCGCAGACCUGGGUCUGAGGGGCAAAGAGGGCAUGGUCUCUAAAAGAACUGGUUCAAGUUCAAAAAUAGGAUGUAACAUGUGCGGUUUACUGCAGGGAAUGUGUUGUGUUCGCUGUAGUUAUUUCUGCACUUCUUUUUGCGGGUCCUGGCGUUCCAGGUAUCUUAUAGUUAAGGAUAGUUUUGUUGCCUACAUCAGACCAACCGAUGGAAGAAUAAAGGCUGUGAUUUUAAUGGAUAACGGAUUCGAAGUUAGUUCUGGAAUGUAUUCAACAGGGCUCAGAAAUGGCCUGCAAAUCAUGAAUUUGUGUAGGCAGUUGGUCAUAAAAUGUUGGACAAGAAGAAAGGCAAAAGAAUGGAUACGGUUUAUUCUUGAGGUGGCUAAUGACACAGGAAAACCGUUUAUACAAAUGAAUCCCCACAAAUCCUUCGCACCUUAUCGGUCAGGGGCAUUGGCAUCUUGGUUUGUUGACGGUGCUGGGUAUAUGUCAGCUGUGGCUGAUGCUCUCGAGGGUGCCAAAGAAGAAAUAUUUAUUGCCGAUUGGUGGUUAUCCCCAGAAAUUUUUAUGAAGCGACCAGCACUUGAUGGAGACUACUGGAGAUUGGAUAAGAUACUGGAACGCAAAGCCAAAGAAGGUGUGAAAGUAUUCGUACUAAUUUACAAAGAAGUUGAGUUGGCACUGGGUAUAAACAGUUAUUAUAGUAAACAACGUCUCGUUGAAAAAUGUCCUGAAAAUAUAAAAGUUUUAAGACAUCCAGACCAUGCUAGAGUAGGAAUAUUUCUUUGGGCACACCAUGAAAAGAUGGUAAUCGUUGAUCAAACACUGGGAUUUCUGGGUGGUAUCGACUUGUGUUAUGGAAGAUGGGAUAAUUCGGAACACAGACUCACAGAUUUAGGAUCAGUGCAACAAUCCAGCAUUUACAUUCCAUCGAAAGGAAAAUUAACUAGUACGAGUAGUCAUCCUUCCGGAAAUGUAAAGGGUUACACACACGUACUUUUACCUUUAGCAAUCGCCGCGAAUACUGUUGCAAUGGCUACAACCAAAUCCAUGCCAGUCCUGCCAACCAUGGAGAACCCCAGGUCGUCGUUGCCACAAUUAAAACCUGGAGACCCUCUGUUGUUAUCACCACCAGAAGGAGUGGAUUACUUUAAAUGCAACACUCCUGAGUCAACUAGAAAAAACCUUCUAGUUCGUGCCAAAACAACCGUUGAUAAAGUCAAGUACAACGUUAGAAUGAAAAGAAAGGAGUGGAUAAAUAUGGUGUAUAGCCCAAACGAAGGAAGUAGCGAAGAUGAAGAUGAAGUAGAAAAAUCUAGCUUGGAGAAAAAUUUCGACGAGUUGGACGAUAUACCCCGUGAUAAUUCGGACAUUGCUGUAGGCUUACCAGGAGCUGCUAAACUUUGGCUUGGCAAAGACUAUUCGAAUUUUAUAGUAAAAGAUUUCAGCAAUCUUGAAUUACCCUAUCAAGAUCUGGUCGAUAGAACUACCACACCUCGAAUGCCAUGGCAUGAUAUUGGCACAAUGGUUCAAGGCGCUAGUGCUAGAGAUCUAGCGCGGCACUUUAUACAUAGAUGGAAUGCGGUCAAAUUGGAAAAAGCAAAAUUGAAUGGAUGCUAUCCAUAUCUUUUGCCCAAGUCUUACAAUGAUUGUAGUAGUUACGCACCAUUCCUACCACACGGUGCAACUAGCAAGGUCAGAUGUCAAGUAUUGAGAUCGGUCAGUUCGUGGUCAGCUGGUUUCCUCGAGCCGGAUACUCUGGAGCAAAGUAUACACGAGGCUUAUAUUGUCGCCAUUAAUAACGCCAAACGGUACAUUUAUAUAGAAAAUCAAUUCUUCAUUACUCUAGCCUCGGUUGAAGGUAACUCUGUAAAAAAUCGGAUUGGAGAAACCUUGUUGAAGCGUAUUUUGAGAGCUCAUAGAGAGGGUGCGGUGUUUAGAGUGUUCGUAAUUAUGCCCUUACUUCCUGGUUUUGAGGGGGAAGUCGGAGGUCCAACAGGAACAGCCUUACGCGCGAUAACACAUUGGAAUUACGCUUCUAUAUCAAGAGGAAAAGAUGCCAUUCUGAAUCGCUUGAUUGGAGCUGGUGUACAGAAUCCUAGCGAUUACAUAACAUUCCAUGGUCUGAGAAAUCACUCGGUACUGAAUGGUAGUCUAGUCACAGAACUGAUUUACGUUCACAGUAAAUUAAUGAUCGUUGAUGACUCCACGGUGAUAUGCGGAUCCGCAAAUAUAAAUGAUAGAAGUAUGAUAGCGACCAGGGACAGCGAAGUUGCAGUUAUAAUUCACGACGAAGAAUUUGAAGAUGGUAAAAUGAACGGAAUGUCAUUUGACUGUGGUAAAUAUGGUGCUUCACUGCGAAAGCGACUUUUCAGAGAACAUUUGGGCCUACUGAGAUCGAAAGAAGAUCUUGACAUAGAAGAUCCUGUAAAAAAGUCAUUCUAUCAUGAUAUAUGGCGUGCCCGGAGCAAACUCAAUACCGAGAUAUAUGAGAAAGUAUUUAAUUGUAUCCCAACAGAUGCCGUAGUCAAUUUUUCUGUUCUGAAAUCGUAUCAAGGAGAAACUCCCCUGUGCCUAAGUGAUCCAAUCGCAUCCAACCAAUUGGUCACGAAGAUCAGGGGACAUUUGGUGGACUUGCCAUUGAACUUUUUAUGCAACGAAGUUCUCACUCCCAACGCUGCUACGAUGGAAGGAAUACUGCCGACUUCUCUUUGGAUAUGAGAAAUUAGAAAAAAUUUAGGUAUAAUAAUUUUCUUAAAAUAUAAACUAGGUAGGACAAAAAAUUAAUUCCACACAAUAAACAAGGGCAGCAAUAAUGUUUACCUCAGCAAUUUUAUAUCAUAUUAUGUACGAGAAUUGAUAUUCGAAUAUUUAAGGGUUUUGUACAAUGUAUAUUAAUUAAUUCAUAAUUUUAUCAAAUUUUUAACCGACAAUCAGCCAAAGUAUUAUCUAAAUGGUUAUUUGCAUUUAUAUUUUAAACAAUGAAAGAAUUAUCGUUACCAUCGUUGGUUUCAACGGGUGACAAGAGAAAAAAUGUACUGCCAAAAUUUUAUUAAUAUUAAGGACUGAACCAUUUGCCAUUUUCCAACAUUUCCAAGACGUAGAACUCCCAGUUUUUAGUUUCUUCCCUAAGAUUUUUAGACCCAUUUUUUUCUCGUGUAAUUCGCAAAUGUCUAGUAUUUUAAAUAAAAUUUUCACUGAAUUCUACAGUGUUGGAAGAUGUCGAAUAAAAAGCGCCUUGAUAGAUUAUUGAAUUAUUUUUUCUCAUCAUCAUUAUUGGUAUUAUCGAGUAUUUUAUUCUGAAUUAUGUACAAACUUCUGAAUAAACCUAUGAAUUUUAACGUA